CUCGUAAGGUGUUGUCAUUUUGCCAUCAUUUCAUACCUACAUAGUUAUAUAACAUGAUGUUUAUAAUAAAUUUUUGAUGGUGAGGAGGAAUGUUAGUGGUUAUACAUGCGGGUGUUGUGACAAGGGGCCGUGUGACCAGAAGAAAUGUCAAGUACAGUUCCACGGAUCUUGGUGACUGGUGCCUCGGGACUACUGGGGCGUGCUGUUGUCAGGGCCUUGAAGGAAAAAGAAUGGGAUGUUGUCGGCAUAGCAUUUUCGAGAGUUGGUCCUGAACUAAUAAAGUGUGAUUUAACAAACCCAGAAGCUGUAAGUACCUUAAUAAAUAAAGAAAAGCCUGACUUUAUUAUCCAUGCUGCAGCAGAACGCUUUCCUGAUGUUGUCGAGAAUAAAUAUGAAGAAACAUUGCUCCUCAAUGUGAAGGCUUCUGGCCAUCUUUCUUCACUUGCACACCAGCAUGGAAGUAAGGUAAUUCACAUCAGCACAGAUUAUGUAUUCGAUGGCACCUCUCCUCCAUACAAAGCUAAUGAUAAAUGUAACCCUCUAAGCAAGUAUGGCCAAACAAAGCUUGAUUCUGAAGAAGCUGUCUUAAGAGAAUGUCCAGAUGCAUGUAUUUUGCGUGUACCAGUUCUCUAUGGUCCAGUUGAGAGAGUUGAUGAGAGUGCCAUCACUUGCUUGCUAAGUGCCCUGAAGAAUAGUGAGCCCAAGACAGUGUCCCACUAUGAUAAGCGAUGCCCAGCCCAUGUCAGAGAUGUAGCAGGCAUAAUACUGGAUAUGAUCUCUCUCAGUUUGAAGGGAGAAACAGUCAAUGGAAUUUUUCAGUGGAGUGGAAGAGAAAAGUUAACGAAGUACGAAAUGGUAUUGAUUAUGUCGGAGGUGUUCUCUCUUCCCCAUGACCACAUUACACCAAGUUACACUCCUGGAGAACUCAGGCCCUAUGACCCUGAAAUGGAUGUAUCCCGCUUGGUUGAUUUAGGAAUAUCUCAUCACACCAGAUUUGAAGAUGGAAUUAAAGAAUGUUUAUCUCCUUGGUUGUAAUGACAUUUAUGGUAUCGACUGAAGAAAGUUAUAAAUUUCCUUCAUGCAUAUUGCCAUACACAAAUAUUCAAUCAUA